AUGCCAUCCGACAACAUAUACAGUGGGUAUUACGCCAACCCAGGCCGCUCGCUGCACGAGCACCUCAACCCACCACCGCCGCUGCGGCAGAAGUACCGGCACUACCCGAGCUGGGACUGGCAUGUCAACGACCACGAGCAGCGGCCCAGGCACAAGGCCAAAGUGAAGAAUGCGCGGGCCAAGGGGGAACGGUACGACCCGUGGAGAGGCGAGUAUGCGUACUCGGACCAGUUCUGCCUGCCACCGCUGCAGGUCGAGCCUUCCAAGGGUUCCUGGGUCGUGCGGCUGCUGAUCCUCGCGCUGGCGUUUGCGAUGCUCUGCUUGUUGUGCAUUGGUCAUUUCUGGGACUGGUGGAAGGUCUGGCAUGGCGGUAUGGCCACGCUGUUCACCGUCGCAAUUUCCGCGACCCUCAGCAUACUUACCUGGCUGCCCCAACCAAGAAACAAGUACGGCGAGAUCCUAUCAUUCUUCAUGCUCAUCGCCAACUUCGGCAUCACGGGGUUCCUGACCUGGGAGAUCCUCACGAGUCCAAAGAACACCUAUCUCGUGGGCAUCAAACAGAACGACGAGGCCUACUGGCGCAGACUUUACGUCGUGGCCAUCGCGCAGUGGCUCUACUCGACCCUGUGGAUCGUCAUCGUGUUCCGGGCUCGGUAUGUUGUCAAGUUCUGGCUGUCCGAGAUGAUGAACCCGGCGAGCCUGUUCAGGAGACACGCAAGGGGGAGGUCCUCGUCGGGGGCAGACACGGACCUACUCCCGGCACCAGCCACCGGACGCCGGGCUAGGCGCUCAAGAUAA